CAUUGUCUUCCUCCUUAUGAAUCAGGACUAAACACAGUCCCUGAGCUGCAGGGGUUAAUAGUCUGUUCUCAGAAGAUCUCCGCCCUCUGCAGGAAGUGAAGAAACCUUUUCACUUUCGAUUCCUGCUCUUCCUCACUACAAUGGCGUCUGCUGAGCUGAGGGACGAGCUGAACUGCUCCAUCUGCCUGAGCCUCUAUACGGAUCCCGGAUCCCUGAGAUGUGGACACAACUUCUGCUGCUCGUGUAUUGUAAGUGUGCUGGAUGCACAGGAGGCAGGCGGAGUGUAUUCCUGUCCUGACUGCAGAGCCGAAUAUCCAGAGCGUCCGGCCCUGGAGAAGAACAGGAAGCUAAGUAAUAUAGUGGAGCAUUUCUUAUCUACUCAGCCUGAUAUGGAGAAGAUCAGAACCUUCUGUAGUUACUGCACAAAGUCUCCUGUACCAGCUGUGAAGUCAUGUCUGCAAUGUGAGAACUCUCUAUGUGAUGACCACCUGACCGUCCACAACCAGACGAUGGAUCAUGUAUUAUCAGAACCCACCAGCUCCUUUGGCAACAAAAAAUGUUCCAUCCACAAGAAGGUUUUGGAGUAUUACUGCCCACAGGAUGCUACUUGUCUAUGUGUGUCUUGCUGUCUGGUUGGCAAGCACAGGGGUCACCAGGUGGAACUUCUAGAUGAGGCUUCAGAGAAGAAGAAGAAAAAGUUGAGGAAAUAUCUGGAUAAACUAAAGCCACAAAAAGCAGAAAUUCAGACAGAAAUCCAGAGUUUGCACAAUCAUAAGGGGAAAAUCCAGGAGAAAGCCUCUGAGAAGAGGAAGAACAUGAAUAAGUUAUUUAUGAACAUUAGGGAGCAACUGGAAAUUGCAGAAAGGAAAGUUCUGAGUGAGAUCUCCAGGCAGGAGAUUAAGAUGGUGUCCAAGAUAUGUCAUUUGAUCAAGAAGAUGGAGAUAAAAGAGGAUGAGCUGUCCAGGAAGAUGCAUCAUGUGGAGGAGAUGUGUCGUGUCACUGACCCAAUAAGACUCUUUCAAGAAAAUGACAUUACAGUAUGUAGUCCUGGAGAUGAUGAGGACACAGGGGAAGAUGCUGGACAGAUCGAUUCUGAUGAGGUGGCACUGGUUCUAGGACAAGCUAACCCCAAAGUGAAGUAUAAUGGGACUGAUCCAAAAACUGUCCUACAAGAAUCAGACCAAAGAGCAUCCCUUAGCGAUAAGACCGUGGUGGCAAAAGAGGAAGAAGCACCAGUCAGUGACGAAGAGAUGACUGAUGACCUGGAAGAUGUUCUGAUCUCAUCAAUUUUACACCGAUCUAUGAAGGAUGUUGUCACCUAUGUAACAUCAGAGCUCGGGUUCCAUGUUCCAUACAUCUUGCUGGAUGUUGACACGGCUCAUACAAACAUGGGAUUAUCAGAAGACCUGAGAAAAGCAACAGGUUUGAAAGAAAACCAGGGCCGAUCAAAAUCUCCUGGAAGGUUUCAGAUGUACGACCAGGUUUUAAGCAGAUGUAACUUCUCCUCAGGAAGACAUUACUGGGAGGUAGAAUGGAACCAGACAGGAGAAUGUGGUAUCGGAAUGACCUAUCCCAGUAUAGAAAGGAAUGGAGAUCAGUCUGGUAUUGCACAUAAUGACAAAUCUUGGAGUUUGGCCAUGUGUGAUAAGAGAUGUUCUGCAUUUUCUAACUCGGUCAAAGUAAUCCCUGAUGUAUAUCUAACGAGCCCAACAUUUGGAGUCUUCUUAGACUAUGAGGCCGGGCGUCUGUCUUUCUACGAGAUGUGUGACCCCAUAAGACACUUGCACACCUUCCGUGCCUCCUUCACUGAACCCUUACAUGUUAUCCUCUAUGUUUUCGAUGGAGCCUCUGUUAAAAUAGGAAGCUAAGUCCCAUGUAGCCCACAUUAUAAUCACUAUGUAGAGGGAAGGGGUAGAUUUAAAUAUAUAUAUGUCUCCAAUAAAAUAUACAUAUAUAUUGGCCCUGAAUGGCCAGAAGGGGUAUAUGUUUUUAUA